GUUAGUGCUCUCAGCUGCUCACUGCCUACUGGUCGCUUCAACCUCGCUGGCUCCCCCAGAAUAAUUUGAACAAACAACAAACAGCAAAACUCCGAAAACCCCUCACCAAAAUUCUCCCUCAUUUAUUAUUUAUUCCUCUUCUGCUCUAACCCCCAUUCUCCAAAACCCAAAACAAUGCCACCGAAUCUCUCCCUACUCAUUUUCCUCUUGGCCACAAUGGCUUACAGGUCCCUAGCCGUUGGCGUGAAUUGGGGCACUACGGCCUCGCACCCAUUGCCCCCGGCCAAGGUCGUCGAGCUCUUGAAAUCAAACAACAUUACCAGAGUGAAGCUGUUCGACGCAGACCCACUUGUUCUUGAAGCGCUUUCUGGGUCCAAUCUGGGCGUCACUGUUGGGAUUCCUAAUGGGUUGCUUAGAAGCUUGAACUCGUCCAAGAAGGCUGCACAGAGUUGGGUCCAUGACAAUGUCACUCGCUAUGUCUCUAGUGGUGACAGCCGCGUCAAAAUCGAGUAUGUCGCUGUGGGAGAUGAACCAUUUCUCCGGAGUUAUGGUGAGCAAUUUCACCCCUUUGUGCUUGGAGCAGCAAUCAAUAUCCAAACAGCUUUGACCCAAGCAAACUUGGACAGCAAGGUGAAAGUAGUGGUUCCCUGCAGUUUUGAUUCCUAUUUGUCAGAGACUAGCCUGCCUUCAAAAGGACAUUUUCGAGCCGAUGUCAACAGGACCAUGAUUCAACUGCUGACGUUUCUCAGCAAGCACAACUCACCAUUUUUUGCUACCAUUUCCCCGUUCCUAGCUUUCCAACAGUACAAGAACAUUUCCCUCGACUUUACUCUCUUCAAAAUAUACACCAAAGCUCAUAACGACAGUCGCAGAAUGUACAAAAACAGCUUUGACUUGAACUAUGACAUCUUGGUUAAUGCAUUGUCAACAGUAGGGUUUCCUAAGAUUGAAAUUGUUGUGUCACAGAUUGGUUGGCCUACAGAUGGAGGACCAAAUGCUACUUCACAUGCUGCAGAGACCUUCAUGAAAGGCCUGAUGAACCGCCUUCGUAGCAAAUUGGGGACCCCACUUAGACCUCGAGAUCCUCCAGUUGAAACAUACAUUUUUAGCCUCUUAGAUGAAGAUCAAAGAAGCAUAAGCACUGGAAAUUUUGAGAGACAUUGGGGCGUUUUCACUUUUGAUGGUCAAGCCAAGUACCGUUUUGAUUUUACCCAAGGUUCAAACAGCCUUGUGAAUGCACAGAAUGUUGAGUACCUUCCUUCCAAGUGGUGUGUGGUGAACAAUAACAGGGACUUAUCUAACGCGACUGCGAGUGCAUUAAAUGCAUGUUCCCUUGCUGAUUGUAGUGCACUGUCUCCUGGUGGAUCUUGUUCCAACAUCAGUUGGCCUGGGAAUAUCUCGUAUGCGUUUAAUAGCUACUAUCAGCAGCGUAAUCAGAGUGCAGACAGCUGCGACUUUGGUGGCCUUGGUUUGAUCACAACUGUUAAUCCAUCAGUGGAUAACUGCAGGUUUUUGGUUCAACUGAACACUUCCCUUUCAGAUACCCUUCAUCCGGCCUCUGUUUCCCAGUGGAUUACCUUGCUAGUGACAGCCAUUUUAUUACUUUUACCACGAUUUACCUAGAUAUACAUUCCGACGAAAAUUUUGUAGAAAAUAGGUGUCCAAGGAAAUUUUUUGAUGCUGUAAUGAUCUGUGUUGUUGUAAGUGUUUGUUGAUGUAACUUUGUAAGAGGUUUAAUUAUUUGUUGAAGUUCUUGUUCUAUGAAAUUUUUUGUACAAAAGUAGGAUGUGAGGAAUUAAGAAAUGACUUUGAGGCUCUUCCACAACUUUUGUAAAG